UUUUUUUUAAAAGUAGAACUAGCAUUACAAUGAAGUUCUUAAUUUUUUUGACAACAUUCAUUCCAUUUUUGAAUGCAUUUGAAUUGAGAUAUUUCUUGGUUGGUAAGCCGAUUGACGAUCACGGGAACACAGGACUUCACUUGGCUGCCAGUGAAGGUAGUUUGGAGAAUGUGACCGAACAUUUCUUAAACGGAGAGGAUGUGAACGUCGAAAAUCACUCUGGAGAUACACCCUUGCACGAAGCCGCUUUUUAUGGCCAUGAGGAUAUUGCCAAAUUCUUAAUCAGACAUGGUGCAGAUGUGAAUCGUCAGAACCACUUCGGUUGUGGUUUAAAAACGCCUCUUUAUCAAGCUGCUUUCAAUGGAAAGGAAAGAAUGGUUCCAUUAUUAAUCAGCCGCGGCGCAAACGUUAAUUUGGCAAAUCACAUCGGAUGGACGCCAAUUUUUGUAGCAGCUCGAUUUGGAAAAGAAAAGACGGUGGAAGAGUUAAUUCGAUAUGGUGCGCAAGUAAAUAUUGAAGAUAACGCAGGAAAAACGUUACUCGAAAUAGCAGAACAGUCAGGCAAUGAAAAUCUCAUCAAGCUGGUUCUGAACGCGAUAGAAGAACAAAAUGAAAAAAGAGCAACUGAGAGAGCAACAACAUUAAAGUCGUACCCAUGCUUUUUGAAGGAAGUAGACGUGAAUACUUGGAUUUGCUAUGAAGAGUGACACACAUAAGUCGUCUUUUGCUAAAUAUAGCCUAGUGGCUCUAUUAUAAUUGGAUUUUAGGAAGAAAAAAAACAUUUCACCGACAA